UGUAAUAUGCUUCCUCUUUUUAUUUGAUUAAAAAAAAAAUUUUAUGUUAAAAAAUGACAUUUAUUUAGAAAUCUUAAGAUUUAGAAGACAAAUUUAAUGUAAAUUUUAUUCUUAUUUCAAUAGUAAUUUGUUCACGUGCUAGUUUAUUCUUAUUGUAUACAUUUCCUACUUGAUUACCAUGACUUGUGGUCACUACCAUUUGUGAAGGAAGUUUGAUAAAAGUACCACAUCCUGAAUUAUUCUGAUAGAAAAUUAUGUCAUACUCUGUUAACAGUAUUAUCAGUGUUAAAUGGUUCGCAUUAUGUGUAACACAUUGUGCAGUAACGUAAUUAAGCAAUAGCAUAGCUAUGAGCACGUAAAUCAGAAACAGCAAGUGUAUUAUUACAAAUAUAAAAUAAUACAUUUUCUCUGUGCGUGUGUGAGAAACAAUCCAAUUAUUUUAUUUUUCUAUCAGCAAAAUAUAAAUAUGAUAAUAAUAAAAUAAUACGACUGAAAAAAAAUACAUGCUUACACCAAACCCUCAAAGGUACAAUGAACACCAAGCUUGCAAUCAAGCACAAAGACUCUCUUGUCUUGAAGGAGAAUAAACCGCUCGAAAAAAAAUGUGUCAGCCAUAAGCAAGGCAAGAGAUGGGAACUUUUACUCCCUUGGAUAACCUUCGGUGUGUUCUUGGUUUAUUGGUUUGUUCUCUGUCCUAUAAUUUGGACCAUGGGUGAGCUGUUUGAACGCGGGCACAAGUUUGUUAUCUUUUGGACAGUCGCAUUUAUAAUCUGGAUCGUGAUUAUGUGCGUAUUGUUAAUCUUUUGGAGACGUUUCCUAAAUAGACAAAGCCUUGAAAUUAACGCACUCUCGAAAUAUGGCUCGGAUAAUGUGGAAAGACCCGUGUGCGUUCAGCAAUUAUCAUCUGAAGACACGGAAUUUCUCGAGUUGAAGAAGCGGGAUGAUUCAAAAUCGAAGAAGAGCGAACGAGAAAAUUUCAAGCAGGAUCUGCCGCCUUUGGUGAUACACAAACAAAUAUUCGGCGAAAAUAUCGAGGAUACCACCGGAGUAGUGCGUGUUGAGGAGGAUGAGAAAACUCAUUUAAGCAAUGAUUAUGCUGAGAAGAGUCCCCUGCAGGAUUAUCUGAAGUUGGUGAUGGUAUCGCCCUCGGAGGACGAAAUGAAAUCUCCGUCUAUGAAGUCGCCUAUGUCGCCGAGAGAGUUAUUCUUUAUAGAUCUGAUCCGCGAAGCGGAUAGGGCUGAGAGCGCCAAUAUGAGAUCGCUGAAGACGAGAUCGCAUUCUUUUCCGAGAGAAGCGACUGAGAACGAUAUAAAGAGGAAAACAUAUUUCUUCCCGAGUGAAGCGAUUGUAAACGACAGUGCAGACGUUGUGAAAGGUGAAAAAAAUGAAAAGGAUGCGGAGGAUUUGGAGCGCCGAAAGAACAUAAGAGAUACGGAAGAUACGCAGGAUGAGAAAGAUAAUAACAAAUCGAAGCGCGAAUCAAGUUACUUCAUAGCUGAUGUGGAAACCACUGAGAAAACAGAGGUCUUUCUUCGGAUUGAACCGAACGUGGACGAGGAAACGGGAUUGACUGUGGAGAAAUCGGGGUUGAUAUUGCAAUCCAAUGAACCAAAUUCACAAGAAAGAAAUUAACUUUUUAUUUCAUCAAAUUAAUUCCCAUGGACGAUUAUUUAUGACAAUUGAAAAGUACAAAAAAUAUAUAAGUAAAAAAGAUUAAAGUUUUUUUUCUAGAAGUCAAUGUAUAAAUAAGAUACUAGAAAUGAUACAAGUGUUGGAUAUGUUAAAUCUACUUUCUGCCUCGUUCUCUUCUACCAAAAGUUAUGACUAUUAUUACGUAUAAUAAUUCAUGUACAUUAUCACAUAUAUAGAAUAGAUCGUUCUAUGAUUGAUUUAGAAUUUUCGACUCAGUUAAAUUUUUGUUGCCGAAAAUUUUGAAGUAAGGCAUUCC